UUUUAAGCAUGUAUACAUCUGAUAAUAACUUCACACAAACUUCUCUGAUUCGGCAGGAGGAAGGAAGGAUACGAAUCUAAACUUAUUGAGAGAAUUGUUAAGGAUGUCUAUAGCAUGAUUUGUCGUGUUUCUACUUUACAUGUUGUUGAUUACCCAGUUGGAUUGGAGUCCAGAGUGGAUAAAGUAAACAAACUUCUUGAUCUUGAAUCUGAUGAUGUAGUCCAGAUGGUAGGCAUCCACGGUAUCGGUGGAAUUGGUAAAACUACAAUUGCUCGAGCUAUAUAUAAUUCAAUCAAUCACCAGUUUGAAGGUUUGUGUUUUCUUCAUGAUGUUAGAGAGAACACAAUUAAAUUUGGCCUAGAGCAUCUCCAAAAGACUGUGCUGUCUAAGAUAUGUGGAAAUGGGAAUUUUAAAAUUCAAAACGCAAAAGAAGGAAUUUCCAUGAUAAGCAAGAGGUUCUGCCGAAAAAAGGUUCUAUUGGUUCUCGAUGAUGUUGACAAAAUGGCGCAACUUGAGGCUAUUGCAGGAGAUUCUAAUUGGUUUGGUCCUGGCAGUAGAGUUAUCAUUACAACUCGGGACAAGCAAUUGCUAGAAACUCAUCGGGUUGAAAUAACAUAUGGAGUAGAGGAAUUAAGUGAAACUGAAGCUCUUGAUUUGCUUAGUUGGAAUGCUUUCAAGACCGACAAAGUAGUCGAUGCAAGUUAUGCACAUGUUUUAAAACGUGCAUUGACAUAUGCUUCUGGGCUUCCACUGGCUUUGGAAGUAGUAGGCUCAAAUUUGUUGGGAAAAAGUAUAAAAGAUUGGAGUGAUGCAUUGGAUCAGUAUGAAAAUAUUCCAGAUAAAAAUAUCCUAAAGGUACUCAAAUUAAGCUUUGAUUCCUUGGAUAAAGAAGAGAGGAAUAUUUUUUGUGAUAUUGCUUGCUUCUUCAAUGGGCAUACAUUGGCAGAAGUGGAAGACAUACUAGGGGCUCAUUAUGCUUUUCCUGUGAAAAGUAGUAUAGGAGUGUUGACUGAAAAGUCUCUUGUAAAUAUUGAUGAUGGUCUUGUGACAUUACAUAACUUGAUACAAGACAUGGGUAGAGAAAUUGUCCGACAGGAAUCACCAUAUGAGCCUGGAAAACGCAGUAGGUUAUGGUUCUACAAAGAUGUAAUUCAAGUUUUAGAAGAAAAAUCAGGUUCUAGUACAAUUGAAAGCUUAUUAUUGGAUUUCCCCAAAGAUGAAGUAAACUCAAAUGGUGAAGACGUAAAUUGGGAUGGAGAGACCUUAAAGAGAAUGCCAAAUCUCAGAACACUUGUUAUUAGAAAUUGUCGUUUUAACAAAAGCCUCACACAUCUUCCCAAUAGUUUAAGAGUGCUGGAAUGGAUGGGGUAUCCUUCACCAUCAUUACCAAACGAUUUUCAUCCAAAGAAACUUGCCAUACUCAAAUUACCUGAAAGUUGCCUGACGAUAAGUGAACCAAUUCAGGGUUUCAAAAGUCUGACUGAUCUGGAUUUCAGCUACUGUCAAUCUAUAACUCAUAUAUCUGAUUUUUAUUUGGGUUUCGAGAUGCCAAGGGUUGUUUUUAUCCAAAGAGGACAAUUUGAAGAAUUGGAAACCAAGUCAUCAAAUACAGAGCGUCUUAUUUUAUCAUAUUGCAAUAUAUCAGAUGACUUACUUCCAAUAGGUCUUACUUGGUUUGCCAAUGUGAAAGAUUUGGACCUAUCAGGGAAUAAUUUUGAAAUUCUUCAUGAAUGCAUCAAAGAGUGUUCCUCUUUGAGGAACCUUAAGCUGCAUUAUUGCAGGCGUUUACAAAAAAUUACAGGGAUACCAUGGAAAUUAGAAACAUUAUCUGCAAAAGAAUGCACUUCCUUGAAAUCCCUGGACUUCACAGGAGAAUUUCACUCUUUGUUAAGAGAGCUUGUUUUGGAUGAUUGUUCGUUUUUACAAGAAAUUAAAGGGGUUCUGCCAAACUUGGAUAACUUCUCUGCAAAAAACUGCACGUCAUUGACUAACCAAUCUACAAGCAUUUUAAUGAGUCAGAAAACGGUAGAAGCUGGAAACAAGACGUUUUUUUUGCCAGGAACAAAGAUUCCAGAUUGGUUUACACACCGUAUGAUUGGAGAAUCGAUAUCAUUCAGGUUUCGUAAGAAUUUCCCGGUAAUUUAUCUUUGUCUUGUUCUUGAACAUGUGGGUGAGCAAGCUAUCACUGUGAUGUUUAGCCCUAGAGUGUUAAUCAAUGGCAUUAAGCAGUCCCUUGGCAAUCAGAAAGUCUAUGAGUUUAGGAUAGAAACAGAUCACAUUCUUUUGUUUGAUAUACAACUGCAAAAGUUUGAAGAUAACGGAGAUGAAUUCCCUUCAAACAAUAAUUGGAAUAAUGUGGUGGUUUCAUAUGUUGAUCAUAUUAACAACAAUGGGGUCUCAAUUAAAGUGGCUGCUAAAUAUAGUGGAAUUCAUAUAUCUCAACAAAGAAGUGGUAUUGUGGAUAUUCGAUUUACCAAUGCUCCACAGUCAUUGCUAAGUGUGAAUUUGAAUUCAAAUUCAAUGGAGGCACACCAAAGAUUACAGACCGCAGCAGAGAGACACUUGAAAGACCAAACAAAGAUAUUAUCGUUACCCAUUUUGUCAUCUGCCAAACUUCCACAUCAAAUCGCUAAUGUGGAAAAAGGUAUGAGCACUAAACCAAAUGUUCCAACUAAGUGGUCUUUGGAGGAUGUCAUAGGAGAAACUUCAGAGAGACUUCAAGAGGAGGAAGUUCAUCCUACUACCAUUCCAAAUGACUCUUUUGUCAUUCAAAGUUGUCGCGAGAGUGAUGAUAUUGAACUAGAAGCAGUAUCCUCUUGUGAAAUUGAAUCUGAAGAAUCUUCCUCAGAGACUGAAGGUUCUGACUCAGAUGAUCCCUUUGACUGUGUCGAUAUAAGACUUGGAAUUAGUGCCAAGGAAACCAUAUUUUCUCGAUCAGGUUUUGAAGAUGCUUCAUUUGGAUCAAUUAGAGAGGCUAUUAAUGCCUUGGAAUUGAUAAUUGUUAAAGAGUUAUCUGAAGUCUCUUGUGAUCCUGACACACAGUCUAGACUUCAUCAACUGUUACUGAGUACUAGCAGCCACUUGAAGGUGAGUGUAGAGGCGAUGGAAGAUAUUGUGGAGUUCAAGAGAAAAGCCUUUUUAUCAUUCCAAGAAUUCCAAUCCACUGUUGAGUCUGUCAACAAACUGAAAGAUUUUGAGAAGCAUCUGGCCAAAAUUAAAGAGGAGACUGUUGCAGGCAAGAGUCGAAGAAAGGACCUCAAAAACUCAAUAAAAAAAGUUUUUUUAGACAUCAAGGCCGAAAAUAGUAGGAAAAAGGUGUUAGAGGAAGAAAUUGGAACUUUAAGAAUACAGCUAGCUACCAAAGAAAGGGACCUUAAACAAUUUGCGUUGAAUCUUAAGAAUAAAGAGGGAACACUCUCAACCUAUUCAACAAGUUAUGCUUCUCUCAAUGAGCAAGCACAAGCACUAUUUAAAAAAGCUGAUAAUCUACUUUCUAAGAGCAGUGGGGUAAAACAUGAGGGUGAAGCCGCCAAAGUGAAGCAGAGUAAGCUCAAGGAGACAUGGUCUAUUGACCUAACCAACCAAUUCAACAAGAUUAAAAAUAACAUUAUUGACCUAUUAUGAGUGUGAUGGCUCCAUCACUACAACACCCACAUUACACUACACUUUCAUCUCCCUUCUCCCAUUCAAAAUCAACCCCUAUACCACCAUUCCCUCCCUUGUUCUUUCUCAUCUCAUCCAAACCCUUUAAUCUACUGUUUCACUUUUCACUCUCUCAAGACUCAAUAAAACACCCACCAACAUCCCUUCUCCAUUUCUUCAUAUUUGGUCAAAUCCAUGAUAGAAAUAUGAUUUCAGUUCAUUUUUGGUUUGGAGAAGAUGUGGGCUCAGGGUUUUAUUUUUGGUCAUCUUUUAGGAAGGUGAGCGUUCCUCUCUUUAAUCAAUAAAAACUUAUAUUCAAAAAACACAUGUAUGUAUAUCUUCUCUUGCAUUAUCAUGUGAACUGAAUGGAAUUUGAUUGAGUGCUAUUGUUUAACUUGUUGACGAUUUAUUGAAGUGGUGAGGUUGGAUGAUGUUGGGUGUCAAUUUAGUUUAUAUAUAUUAUGUGGUAUGUAAAACUUUGGGUGUAAUGACAUAUUGAAGUGUUUAAUAUGUCAAUAUAAGAAAAUGGAAAUGUUAGAAAUUGUGCACCAUAUAUAUGCUUUUAUUAAUUGUAUAAAUAAUUAGAGUAAAUGAGUUGAGUUGAAGUAUGUGAGUUGUACAUUGUUUGAUGUUGUCUCAAAUCUGUAUAAACGUAGGUUUAGUGUUUGUUUAUAACU